AAGCCAGAAGAGAAGUAAAACUCAACAGAAAUUUACUAUGUGUGGAAUUCAUUCCUAAAAGAAGAAAAAAAGUGAUUAUUGAGACUAUGGAUCGGAGCAAACGGAAUUCAAUUGCAGGAUUUCCUCCACGUGUGGAGCGUCUUGAAGAUUUUGAAGGAGGUGGUGGAGGGGACGGGAACAUGACCCAAGUGGGAAGAGUUUGGCCCUCUUCAUAUCGAGCUCUUAUAAGUGCCUUUUCCAGACUGACGCGUUUAGAUGACUUCACCUGUGAAAAAAUAGGGUCUGGCUUCUUCUCUGAAGUGUUCAAGGUGCGCCACCGAGCUUCUGGCCAGGUGAUGGCUCUUAAGAUGAACACGUUGAGCAGUAACCGCGCAAACAUGCUGAAAGAAGUGCAGCUCAUGAAUAGACUCUCCCAUCCCAACAUCCUUAGGUUCAUGGGUGUGUGUGUACAUCAAGGACAAUUGCAUGCACUCACAGAGUAUAUCAACUCUGGAAACCUGGAACAAUUGCUAGACAGUAACCUGCAUUUGCCCUGGACUGUGAGGGUGAAACUGGCUUAUGACAUAGCAGUGGGCCUCAGCUACCUUCACUUCAAAGGCAUUUUCCAUCGGGACCUCACAUCUAAGGUACGAAGGCUUUACAUGCACUACUCUUUGAGACACUGUCUUCCAUUACCAAGAAAACUGUGUUAAGAAACCAGUCAUUAAUGUGCUUGAGAAUGAUGGAGAUCUCUUAUAAAUUCAACAUUCAAUCACAGAGGAUACAACUUAUUACUAUGUACAGCUAGUCCUUAGAAAGCCAAUCUCGGCUCACAGUGGGUACCUUUCAUUGCUGAGUCUGGCAACACAUACAUCUUGAGAACCUUCACUCUUGGCUUCAGGUCCUGAAUGUGUGUUGCAGAAGUAGAUGGCAUGAGGACACUUAAGAGGUUCUUGCCCUAUAGGAGUGAGAGCAGUCAAGGCAAUGUGGGAGCCUGUGUCUUAGUGUUCUCUCCCAUGGCCUCCAGCAGGAGUUCUGUGAUUUUUAGUCACUUGAGUGUAGGUUUUGAAAGCCAUAAUGUACUGACCCAUUUUCUUUCUGUGUGAUUGAGUUUCUGCCAUCCUGCCAGUUCCUCUUUGUCGUCAGCUGGUCUCUGUAGUAUUCUCUUGCUGUCCAAAUUGCUGUGUGACCAGGUUAGAAAAGAGUUGCUUUUAGAGGAAGUUGGCCAUACUACAAGGCAGACACCUCAGGGCCAAGUAGCACAGGACAUCAUGUGACAAGGCUUAUAUAAAUAGUACUGUUUGAUCAUUGAUAUGGGAACUAUAAAUCA